AUGGCAUAUGCCCAAAACGGGCAUUUGGCGCUUUCUGAGGCGUUGUUUCAUAAGAUGCCCAGGCCAGACAUAGUGACGUGGAACACAAUGCUAAAGGUGUUUUCAAGUUUUGGCGACUGUAAAAACGUUUUUGACACAAUGCCGGGAUGGAAUGUGGUCUCUUGGAAUAUUAUGCUAGCCGCAUAUGCUCAGAAUGGGCAUAUACUAGAAGCAGAACGUUUGUUUAAAGCAAUGGCAGAUUGGAGUAAUGGCUACUUUCAAGAUGCCAAGAAUCUCUUUGUGGAGAUGCCGGAGCGCAGUGUGGUAUCUUGGACGGCAAUGUUGAGAGCAUAUGCCUGGGCAGGGCAUGUAGAAGAAGUAAGAAUCUUCUUUGAUAGAAUGCCUGAGAGAGACUCAGCAGCAUGGUCUGCAGUAAUAUCUUCAGUCUCAAAUGCUGGAAAUGUGAAGUGUGCUAUUUUUUUUAUGGUUACCAUGAAUCUGGAAGGCUUUGAUGUUGAUGAGAUUACAAUGAUAAGCAUUCUAGCAGGGUGCAGCGAAAAAGGAAUGCUGGAAGAAUGCCGCUGGUAUUUGCUUGCAAUGAUAAAUGACUAUGGUCUAGUGCUAAUUGAGGAGCACAUAUGGGUCAUCAUAGAUUGCUUAGAACGAUCAGAGCACAAAGAAAAAUUUCCUAAAGUAUCACCUCUUGUAUAUUCUUCAAAGAAUGUGCACUAA